AUAAAAAAGGGGACUGCGGCCAGAGACCCAUUUUAAGCAUGGGAUGAAUUGUGAAAUUCCACCCUGAGAAAAAGAUAGUUACUUGUAGGGGUGCGCUUGAGAGGGACUGCAAAGGGGUCUAAAUUGCUGCUUGCCCAGUAACCAUGACAACUUCAAAAAGAAAAACGUGUUCUGAAAUGGAGGCAAAACAUACCGUUUUAUGUCCUUCAAUUUAAAAUCUCCUGAACUACUUGCUUUCUCUUAAGUCUACAUGUGCUUUUCCACUUGUUAAAGUGGUGAUAACGGAUCCUUGGGUUUUUUUUUCCACCUGUAUGAAAUCUUUUUCCAGAGUCUGGUCCACGUGUUCUCUCCAAGUGGAGACCCACCAACACCUGCCUGUCCAAUGUUUGUGUCAGUGACAGAUGUGUGACUGGGAACUACAUCAUCUGUGCAGCCUUUACUUUGUGGGUCUGGAUGCCAUAGUGCUCUGUUCCUUCUUAAAGAGGCUUUAAAAUGGGCCAGGUUGAGUCUCAGCCCUGGAAUGCUUUGAUUUCCUUGAUUCACAAGAUGAUGGGUGGAUUUAGUGCAAAUCAUCAUACUCAGUGUUCCAUUUGGAUCCUGGUUCUUCACAGGGUGAAGUGGAGGAGGUUCAGUAGAUCAAAACACAAGCCGUCCCUUGGGGAAAUUAAACUAUCUCUUUCUUUUCCAUGUCCUAGUAGGAGUCUUGCCAGUAAUACUCCCAUUGAAGGAUUUGCAUUGAUUAAACUCUUCUUCAAAGCAGAAUGGAUCUGAGGUCUUUCGGGGUUGGCCUCGCUGUCAUGAGAUGAAGUUACUAACAGAACCUAUAUCUUGUGCCUCCUCUCUGGCUUUCUUACUGCUUGGUAGAGCUAAACCUAUUUAUAAAAGACUAUGAAAAACUGGAUUCUGAGGAGGAACGUCUUAGCAGAAGUCGGCAGAUUUAUGACACAUACAUAAUGAAAGAGCUGCUGUCUUGCUCACAUCCAUUCUCAAAGAAAGCUGUAGCUCAUGUACAAACUCACCUUGCCAAGAAACAAGUGCCACCAAGUCUUUUUCAGCCAUACAUAGAAGAAAUUUGUGAUAGUCUCCGAGGAAAAAUAUUUCAAAAAUUUAUGGAAAGUGACAAGUUUACUAGAUUUUGUCAAUGGAAAAAUGUAGAACUAAAUAUUCAUUUGACCAUGAAUGACUUUAGUGUACAUAGAAUAAUUGGGCGAGGGGGAUUCGGUGAAGUAUAUGGUUGCAGAAAAGCGGACACUGGAAAAAUGUAUGCAAUGAAAUGUUUAGAUAAGAAGAGAAUCAAGAUGAAGCAAGGAGAAACAUUAGCCUUAAAUGAAAGAAUUAUGCUGUCGCUAGUCAGUACUGGAGACUGCCCUUUUAUAGUGUGUAUGACCUAUGCCUUCCACACCCCUGACAAACUCUGCUUCAUCCUGGACCUGAUGAAUGGAGGAGAUUUGCACUACCACCUCUCACAGCACGGGGUGUUUUCUGAGAAGGAGAUGAGGUUUUAUGCUACUGAAAUCAUCCUGGGCUUAGAACACAUGCACAAUCGAUUUGUUGUAUACAGAGACUUGAAGCCUGCAAACAUCCUGCUCGAUGAGCAUGGACAUGUAAGGAUAUCAGAUCUUGGUCUUGCUUGUGAUUUUUCCAAAAAGAAACCACAUGCUAGUGUUGGUACCCAUGGAUACAUGGCUCCUGAAGUGCUCCAGAAAGGAACAGCGUACGAUAGCAGCGCAGACUGGUUCUCUUUAGGCUGUAUGCUUUUCAAACUUCUGAGAGGUCACAGUCCUUUCAGACAGCACAAAACUAAAGAUAAGCAUGAGAUCGACCGGAUGACGCUCACAGUGAAUGUGGAGUUACCAGAUUCAUUUUCUCCUGAACUAAAGUCCCUUUUGGAAGGGCUUCUGCAACGCGACGUUAGCAAGAGGCUUGGCUGUCAGGGUAGCAGCGCGCAAGAAAUAAAAGAGCAUCAUUUUUUCAAAGGGAUUGACUGGCAGCAAGUCUACUUACAAAAGUAUUCUCCUCCACUGAUUCCUCCCCGGGGAGAAGUAAAUGCAGCAGAUGCUUUUGAUAUUGGCUCCUUUGAUGAAGAGGACACUAAAGGCAUUAAGUUGGUUGAUAGUGACCAAGAAUUGUAUAAGAACUUCCCUCUGGUAAUAUCAGAGCGUUGGCAGCAAGAAGUAGCAGAAACUGUUUAUGAUGCAGUAAAUGCAGACAUGGAUAAAAUUGAGGCCAGGAAGAGGACUAAAAAUAAGCAACUUGGCCAUGAGGAAGAUUAUGCACUAGGGAAGGACUGCAUUAUGCAUGGGUACAUGUUGAAAUUGGGGAACCCAUUUUUGACUCAGUGGCAACGUCGUUACUUUUACCUCUUUCCAAACCGACUUGAAUGGCGAGGAGAAGGAGAAUCACGGGACCCCUGGAGUAUUUAUACAAAAAAACAUAAAAUGCAAAAUCUACUGACAAUGGAACAGAUAAUCUCAGUGGAAGAAACUCAGAUUAAAGAUAAGAAAUGCAUCCUGCUGAGAAUUAAAGGAGGAAAACAAUUUGUCCUGCAGUGUGAGAGUGACCCAGAGUUUGUUCAGUGGAAAAAAGAGCUGACAGAAACCUUUACUGAGGCACAGAGGCUGCUGCGUCGCGCCCCAAAGUUUCUAAAUAAAUCUCGCUCAACAGUUGUAGAGCUUUCAAAGCCACCACUCAGCCACAGGAAUAGCAAUGGGCUGUAGAAGAGAUGAGAGAAUGAAGGGGAAAGCUACUCCGUCACCAUGUAUGAGGGCCACAGCAUCAUUAGUUACUUGUACAAUCCCUGAACCAGGAAUUACUUAGAAGAAGAAGCCUUGGAUGUUUACAGCAUGGGAUGAUGACAGGACUCUACAUCUGGAGAUUGUGAAGACUAAAGCAAUGACAAGGUGAAUUCUCACUAAUGGCAGUAAUGAAAGUUGCCAAAUGUAGAGGCUGCCUAUCGUUCCCAAGCAUCAUCACACCCUGGUGGUGUUCGAAUGGUCUGUUAUCCUAGAACUACUGAAGGAAGGAAGAUAAUCUUUUCUUUGCAAUACCCUUGUUUUGGUAUGUACCAAACCUGGAAACUGAAAUGGUUACUAUUCUUAAUCAUUUACAUGUUGAUGUCUGUUAUUGACAUAUCCCAGACUUUGGCAGGAACUGCAAGUUUGUCAUGUGGGAUAACAGGUAAUCCUAUGUGUUGCCUUGUUCUUUCCAGCCAUCACUAUUGACUUUAAUAUAUCCUUGCUCCAUACUGCUGGUGAUCAACAAUGUGACUCUUAUGCACUUCAAAGUACUGAUUUCUAACUGUCUUGUGGUUUGAAUGUUGUUGAUACUUCAUGGAAACAUUGAACUCAGAUUAUUCCCUUGGUUUGUUGUACUCACUAAUAGUAGCUACCACCGUUAUGCUUCUUCUACUAUAUACAAAACUAUAACUGACACAAUAGAGUAAUAAUUGGUGAAGAGGAAUAUAUGGUAGCUUCAUCUAGUGGUCUGUUGUAUAAAUUGACUGUUUGAGCACAGUUUUUAAACAGCAGAUUCCAUUUGACAAGUUUACAGUGAAUACAAAGACAGUUCUUUUCCAUGUCAGCUCAACUGCACUUUUUAAAAAUUAAAAAAUUCUGUAAAUCCAGUGCAUACUAAUGCACAUACUGGAUUAAAAUGUAUGGAUAACUUGGUAUGUAUUCUUCUGGAUUGCUCUUAAGUUGUUGGACUCAUAGACUCUUCUCUCUCUCUCUUGCUCUCUUUUAAAGUAAUGUGUUCUCAUAGCAUAGUUCUCCCAGACCUUCAUCUUAGCCAAGCACUUAAUAUUCACAUGCACAUCAGAUGGCAGGACUUUCAAAAAGAAGUCUGAAUUUUCUUUUAUAGAGAAUUCAAACAUUCACACUGAAAACAGUCUGAGAAUAUUGAGGAUGAAAAUGACAAAAAUAAGACUAUUAUAUGCCAAAUUUAUGUAAAUUCUCCUUAUGUCAUCAUUGGUUUGUCACAUGUAAGGUGAUACUUCAGAGAAGUAAAAAUAUUGUACAUAAUCUUUGGACAACUUUGAACAUUUCAGGACAAUUUCUAUCCUGUUAUACAUACUGAGAGUCUCAUUGAAUAUAAUGGGUUUUCAAGAGGUGCAAGUCAGAGGAGAAUUUGAGCCUUCAUCUAAUUCUGUAUUACAUUGUUUAUUGCGGAUCACGUUCUGCUGAGUUACAUGGGUACAACUCUCAUAGAAGUCGGCAAAGUCAAUGUGACUUGCACCUGUUUAAUUGGGAGCAGAAUUUGCACCAGCAAUCUGUUUUGCCCAUCUCUUCUGACCAGUUCAUUUCUAGCUUGUCUGGAUAACAGUCAACCACAGAGCUUCAGAACUGUUUCAUCAACAGCAAAGUAUAAAGUGCUAAAAAACCUCAAAAAUUAUUUUUUUUUUAAAAUCCUCUAUUUAUCCUCCACAUUCUUGUGAAAUUGGAUGUGUGAGCUACUAAACCUGGGGGUGGCUUAAUAAAUCUGAUAGCAAUGCCAGCCAUUUUUCUUAUACUUUUAUAUAGUGUGAAGAAGAGAUUGAAUUUUAAAAAAAAUUUUAUGCUUGGUGAGUGGUAAUUUUAAAAGGAUAUUUAUACAUUUGUUUUCUUGGAUUACUUUUUAAAAUGAGCAUGGAGUUCAUUUUCAUCUACUGAAAAGUGAUGUUAGAAGUUCAGGUAUAUCUCUGUAAGCAGUAACUGUGGUAUUUCCCUAAACUCAUGCCACUGUGGAGUGGCAGAUUUUUAGUGUAAUCUACUGUACACUGUAUAUUUUUGAAUUGUUUUCCUAGAAUACCACACACACAUACACACACACCUAUUCUGGUUUGUGUUUUGAAUAAAAAGAAAGCUCAAUCUAUGAUAAAACCACUCUAAAAAUAACCUCAUAUCAUCUCUUCCUCCAUUCAUGUUUUAUUAGUUCAAGGUCAAUUUGAUCAGUUCCAUUUGUUCUCUUUUAAUUAUUUCCCAUAGCUGAAAUUUUCUGUCAUAAUAUCCUUUAGGAACAUUUGUGGAUCUAUGGUUAUGAUUCUGAUAUUUUCAUAAUAUUAAAUUCUAAAAUGCUGUUUUCUGUAGAUAAAAGGAAGAUAUAGCUUCAGUUAAAAAUUUGUGCCUCUAAAACAUUCAUUUCUUUGAAUCAAAGCUGUGUAAUAACUUGUGGAAGAUACGUUUAUUUUAAAAAUUAAAUUACAAAAUAGAGUUGGUUUGACACUUGAAUAUACUGUAGUUUUGUACAUUAUCACCUCAUUUUUGUAAGAUAAUUGAAAUUAUCUGGAUUUUGAUUUUUAAAAUGGCAGUAAAAUCAUCUGUCAUUUAAUAUUCACUGCAUUCCCUUUGAUAAUUGCUUAUAGGAGUCAAAUAUUAAUAUAAAUAUAUUAUUUAUUUUCCUCCAGUUUUAUUUUUGCCCAGAAUAUUUAAAUGAAUUGUUGAAGCUUUGUAGAAGUUUAGUGUUUUGCACCAUUCCACUGUCUUAGUCAGUAAUUUCACAUUUCUGAAAGAACAGUUAUCUUAACAAAACCCCCAUACUUGUAUUCAUGGUAAAGUAUUUUAUCACUAAUAAAUGAAGGUUUCGCUUGGAAAACUUAAGAGUCAGAUUUUAUACUGUAAAAAGAGAUUUAAAAUUUAAGAAUUCUGAAGCCAGAGAUUUGUUGUCGUUCUUAACCAAUUGUUGCUAUUUUAGAUAUCAAAUUCUAUAAUGUCUUUAUGGGAGACACACAAUUGUUUUUUCAUGAGGAUCUUUAAAGAAUAUAAAUAUGUUGUAAAACUUGUUAAAAAUUGAAAAUGUGAGAUCAGACUUGGUAUUGUCUUUUAGACAUCUGAACCCCCUUUGUAUGCUCAGUAUGCUUAUAAAAUGUUCAGGGAACUAAAAAUUUUUAAAAAUAGCUGGUUGCAUCAACAAAGCUAAAUUCAACAUUAAAUGCAGCUUUUCAAUAUGUUGCUAUCUGCAAGGCUGUAAAUGUUUAUUCGGCUCUAGUGCGGUCUUUUAUUUUAUGUAUUUGUAGGUAACCUUUUCCUUUUCAUUUUAGAGCACUGAAAUAUAUUCCGGACAAUGUCAGAUUCGCCCUCAUACACCUUGGGUGUUGCUGGGGAUAUUUCUCAAUAAUUCUGUAUAUUAGUUCUUCUGACAUAUAAGCUGAUGUAUCUCUGAAGUCCCUAAUCCUACAGAGACUUGUUUAUGUGCAUCAAUGUAAUCAAGCCCCUGAGUAGCGUGAUUGAGACUGUUCAUAUGAUUAAAGUUAAGCAUGUGUUUAAGUUUUUAAAGGCUUGGGGCCUAACAGGCUUCAGAAUUGUCCUUGAAAGACAUGGGGCUCACCCUACAGUUCUCUGGGUGAAGAAAGACCAUGGCAGUUUGAGUGUGCAAGGAAUAAGUUAGGCCUUCCGAUUUACUGUUGUGAAUUAGGGCCCCGAUUUGGGACAGCACUUUAGCAGGUGUGUAAGUCACAUUGACGUUUUUGCUUUAACCGCUCUCCUGAAUUGGGAUGCUUUCCUGAAUUAGCACCUAAGUCUGGGAUAAGCAAAACAUCGUUCAUUUAUACUGAAAAACAGAAGUAUAACUGUGGAACUCUUCAGAAAUGGGUAUUUUCCAUUAGUUGGGACGUGCUGUGCAGCAUUUCAGUGAACACCCUGUAAAAUGGCCCAAGGCCUCAUGGUGUUUAAGCUAAAAAUUAGGUGCAAUUUAUUGUUCAAAUCUAUUAAGUGCUUGAGUACAAGCUUGCAAAACUGUGGAGGAACAUUUAUAAUACUGUUAAUUUCUUUACCCAGGUAUAGGUUAUCCUUGUAGUUUAAGUAUCAUUGUUUAAAUACUUCUUCGAAAAGUUAUGCUUUAGCUUCAUUUCAUUAUCAUGCUCGUCCAGCUAGAUUUAAGGCUAAAAUCUAAUAUUUUUAAUAAUACUUUUCAGAGAUGAGCUUAUUUAUCAUCAUAAAUACAUGAGUGUACUGAGUGUUCAUUUGGGGCUUACUCCAACGCCUAUUGAAGUCAGUGGGCAUUAGAUCUAACUGUCAGUUCUCAGAAUGGUGUGAAGUAAAUAGUGGUGUCCCCCAAGAGUCUGUACUGGGACCAGUGCUGUUCAACAUAUUCCUAAAUGAUCUGAGAGAGAGGAUAAACCAUCAGGUGGCAAAGUUUGCACACAAUAAAAAAUUCCUCAAGAUAGGUAAGUCCAAAACAGACUGCACAUAGUUACCAAGGGGUCUCACAAAAGUGGUGACUGGGCAACAAAAUGGCAGAUGAAAUUCAAUAUUGAUUAAAUACAAAGUAAUGCACAUUGGAAAACACCAUCCCAACUAUACAUAUAAAAUGAUGGGUCUAAAUUGGUUGUUACCAAACAAGAAAGAGAUCUUGCAUCUUGGAGUCAUUGUCAAUAAUUCUCUAAAAACAUCCACUCAAUGUGCAGCGGCAGUCCAAAAAGCAAACAGAAUGUUGGGAAUCGUUAGGAAAGGGAUAGAUAACACAACAGAAAAUAUCAUAUUGCCUCUAGAUAAAUCCAUGUUAUGCCCACAUCUUGAAUACUGUGUGCAGAUCUGAUCGCCCCAUCUCGAAAAGGUAUAGAAAAGGCAAACAAAAAUGAGUAAGGGUAUGGAGCAGCUUCCAUAUGUGAAGAGAUUAAUAAGACUGGAAUUUUUCAGCUUGGAAAAGAGAUGACUAAGAAGGGACAUGAUUGAGGUCUAUAAAAUCAUGACUGGUGUGGAGAAAGUGGAUAAGGAAGUGUUAUUUACUGUUUCUCAUAACACAAGAACUAGGGGUCACCAUAUGAAAUUAAUAGGCAGCAGGUUUAAAACAAACAAAAGGAAGUAUUGCUUCACACAACACACAGUAAACCUGUGGAACUCCUUGCCAGAGGAUGUUGUGAAAGCCAAGACGAUAACAGGAUUAAAAAAAGAAUUAGAUAAGUUCCUGGAGGAUGGGUCCAUCAAUGGCUAUUAGCCAGGAUGGGCAGGGAUGGUGUCCCUAGCCUCUGUUUGCCAGAAGCUGGGAAUGGGCUACAGGAAAUGGAUCACUUGAUGGUUACCUGUUCUGUUCAUUCUCUCCAGAGCACCUUGCACUCGGCACUGUUGGCAGACAGGAUACUGGGCUAGAUGGACCUUUGGUCUGACCCAGAAUGGCCGUUCUUAUGUUAGGUUUUAAAAACAAUGACACUGAGAUGCUGUGUGAUUUUAGCACAUGCAUGGACCAUACUGUUCCUGUAUGUAGGCCCAGCCUCCACAAUUCGGCAUGUGGAGUGUUACUUAGCUCAGUUACAUUCAAGCUUCAUGUAAUUUCAGUGACUCCCUCAGAUAUGUGACAGAGCUCCCUCCCCCGCACUCCACUUUUCCUGAAGAAAAAAUAAAAUAAUACAGCAGUAAUAUUGCCACUGUUCUUAUCAAUAUACAUGUAUUCAUAGUCUUUUACAUAGAUUACAGGACAUAUAGUGCAUUUGGUGCUAAAGACAAAGAAAUCAGUUCAAGAAAUCAGUUUAGGCCCUGAUCCUACAAACUUUUAAGCACAUAAACACUCCUACUGAAGUUAAUUGGACUUGAUUCAGCAGCACCAUUAAGGUCAAUGGGAGUUUUACCAUUGACUUAAAGGAACAUAGGAUGAAGCCCUAUGUGCAAAAAGUUACUCAUAUACUUACUUUUUUAGGAUUGAGGCCUUAAAUAUUAGUAAACUGUUCAUGAAAGAUGAAAUACCUGGAGCUCUGUGUUUGUUGUGAUUUUCUUUAUUUGUUGUACAGACAGCUAAAAACUACAUUCCUAUUUAAUAUCAUUUACUUUUACAUGGUGUAGAUGUGCACAAAUCACUUUCUUUACUUUUCCCACUCAGCAAAUAUUGGUGAUGCAGUUACCUUAAUUCUGAAAUAUUCCCAUUCUAAAUACUUAUGGGGACAGGUUAUUUUGAACUGUGCUGCAGAGAGCAAAGAAUUCUAAUUGUGUUAUUUUAAGAAAUGAGUCAAUAAUUCUACAAGUUAAAAAACCCUGAAAAUAUUAUUUUAAAAAAUUAUAGUAUUUCUUAAUUUGUAAUAUUGUACAAAAUGGAAAAUAUCUAAAAUAUAUAGAGAAAAUAUAUAUACAAAUGUUUGCACAAAUUGCAAAUGAUUUAAUUUUGUGUUUCCUGUUGAUUAUUUUUCUAUGAUGUACAUAUUAUGUGGAUUGUCAUUUAUUGCAUAUUGGCUGUUUUAAUACUAUUGUUAAAUUGUAAUUUUAUUUUAUUUUAAACUAAUCAUCACAGACUCAGCUUUAUUUUGUUAAUGUAAAGGUUGCUACUCUGUGUAGGUAUAAAACCAAGAAUUCUAUUUUAACAAAAAAAACAUUUUAUAUUAUUUAUUGAAUCCAUAUAUUUCUUCAACUUGUGACAUUUCAUAAAAUUCCUGCUCCUUAUCUGUAUAGCUUGUUGUUUAACGAGAUGGUAGUUCCUUUCAGAUAGAAUUGAACAGCUUUAUUCUGUUUUUCAUAAAUAAAGUCAAAUUAAUUUCAGUAACAAUCUGUCCAGUUUACCAUUUUAUUGUAAAAAUAAAAACACACCCUUUUUUGCAGUUACCUAGAUCAUCUUUUUAAUGCAAUGGCCGAGUGAAUGAAGCAUCAUAUAAACAUUCUUGCAAAUAAAACCCAUCAGCUCAAUUUGCUGGUAUUCACAGCUUUUAUUCCUUUUAUUCCUGAACAUUCCAGUGAGCAAGGCUUUAUUCUCAAGAAUGUUCAUGGAAAGCAAACUGUUACAAAUUCUAGUGCAAAUAAUCACAAAAGGAUUUUUACAGUGGCAGUGCUGUCUCAGCCAUUUUAGAAAGCUCAUUACUAGUCAUGGAAAACAUAUGAAGAGUUAUCAAUGUUCACAGUUUUUUUGUGAACAGAAAAAGGGACUUCCCCUGUUCAUAAGCCUUACAACAUCCAAUCAGGAAAUAGAAAUAGUAUCAUGGAACAUAGGUGACCAAUCACACUGUGUGACUAGCAAAUACUCAUAGGUUGAAAUGGUACUGCUUAACUCCUACUGAAACCUUCAAAAUGGCAUUUAAAUUGUAUUUAAGUGGCACAUGGGUCUUGGUGGCCCCUCCUGCACCGGGAAUGCAUUUCACCUAUAGGGAGAAGUUUGCAACUAAACUAUUGGCUGACUUGACUUCUGUCUUCACAAACUAUUGUGACUAUUGGAUAAUUCUGUAAAAUUAUGAUCCAUUAGUGGUGGAUAAUUUACUAACAGACAAUAGGGCUAAAUUUGUCAAAUAACUCAUUUGCUAAAACUCACCCAUCUCUAAACAUGCCAUCUACGCUUUGAGGUAUACAUUGCAGCAUAAAAGAAUAUGUUUUUAAUCUCUAUGUGUUGGGAAACUUCAAGUACUCUUUAGUAUUUCAUUAAAUAACAUCUUGCUUAUGGAGAGCUCACCAUCAAAUGUUCCUUUUACCCACCAUCGGAAUUGAGCCUCUUCUUCUUAACAAAAAAAAAAAAAAAAAAGGAGUACUUGUGGCACCUUAGAGACUAACAAAUUUAUUUGAGCAUAAGCUUAGUUAGUCUCUAAGGUGCCACACGUACUCCUUUUCUUUUUGCGAAUACAGACUAACACGGCUGCUACUCUGGAACCUUAACAAACUAGCACAAGUGCUUUAUUCAGAGCUGGAGACAGCACUGUGUAAGGGUGACUACUUUUCUUUGGUUUGAUUGUUUUUGUUUAGUUUUCCAUUUUCCCAGUCUGAAAUUGUUUGACCACAUUUAAUUGCUAUUGCUAUCAAGCAAACCAGAAUUUUGAGCAGUCCUACCUCAUGAGCAUCCAC